AAAUCCACCAAAUCUCUUCUUAACUUGCCCCAACAAUUUCGCAUUUCCUCUCAUUUUUACAAAUUUCCCCCAAAUCUACGAUUUUAGGUUUUCACAAUCUUUCAAUUUCGAAUCCCAAUCCCUAAUUCCCAUUCGAUUAGGUUAAAAUCCCCCCAAUUUUUCCUGGUUAUUGACAAUGCCGCCAUUCCUGUCGACCUCAAAGGCACUUCGAUCCUUAGCAACACGUAAAACUGGAUUCAAUCAAUUGAUUGGGUCUACAAAAAGCAUUGAGAAAUUGGAUGCAUGUCGAUGCUUUUCAACCAUUGCCUUUAAACCCACCCAUCAAAUUCAUCCCUUUGGCUCUCGCAUUGGAGCUUCCCCCUUUACGAGAAAUUUUGUUACCAACAGCUAUAAAGCUAUCCAAUUGAGGCAGUUUAUGGGAGUUGGAGAUGGUGUUGAAGGUGUACUUUCCAAAACUUAUGAGGAAAAACGCGUUUUGGGGUACACUCCAGAGCAAUUAUUUGAUGUUGUUGCUGCUGUUGAUUACUAUCAUGAUUUUGUCCCGUGGUGUCAAAGGUCGGAGAUAGUUAAACGUAAUCCAGAUGGAUCAUUUGAUGCUGAGUUGGAGAUUGGAUUUAAAUUUCUAGUUGAAAGUUAUGUUUCUCAUGUUGAAUUGGAAAAAGCAAAGCGAAUAAAGACAACUGUGUCACAGAGUACCCUCUUUGAUCAUUUGAUAAACAUAUGGGAAUUUAGUCCUGGCCCGGUUCCAGGAACUUGCAAUCUCUAUUUUUUGGUUGACUUUAAGUUUCAGUCACCGCUUUACUCACAGAUUGCAUCAAUGUUCUUUAAGGAGGUAGCCUCGAGGAUGGUUGGUUCAUUCACUGAGCGUUGCCGCUUGAUAUAUGGACCAGGAGUGCGGGUGCUCGAGAACUCAUAUGGACAUAAGACAUAAAGCAUUUUUUUCUGCAAUUAGUUUCUUGUCUUGAACAUAGUAAGGUCGAUUUACAGUUUCUGCAUCACUUGGGUGGGUUUUUUAUGGUUUGCCUGCUCAAUACUGAAUGAUUAACCAGUCAUCGUUCUAUUCUUCAGUGAUCUUUGUAAUUUAUUUAGACAGAUUCUACAAUAUGCUGUGUAUAAUCUUGAAAGACAUCAAAUUAACACUAUUUUUUUUUACA